AUGGGCUGGGUCCUCAACGCCACUCCCCAGGUCGAGGGCAUAUCGCAAUGGCCGACCAUCAUCGCCGUCGUCGUCGUCCUCUCCUUCCUCUCCGUCCUCGUCGUGGGCUCUCGAAUCUGGAUCCGAUUUUCCGCCAGAGGUCUGGCUGCCGAUGACUGGAUGUCGGUGUUGUCAGAACUCUUUGCUCUCAUCUAUUCCGGCCUGACCAUUGCACAAACGAGAUAUGGUCUCGGUUUGCCCAUAAAGCUGAGGCCAAAGGAAAGUUUGAUUGUGUACACGCGUAUCAACUUUGCAGGCCGACCUUUUUACCAACUGGGCAUCAGCUUCUUCAAGAUUGCCCUGCUGAUUAGCUAUCUCCGCCUGCUCAAGGGAACCGACCAAAAGAGCUACCGCCGGAUCGUCUGGCUGACCAUCAUCCUGGUCUUCAUCGCUCACCUGGGAUGCUCCUUCUCGCUCAUCUUCGCCUGCACGCCUGUCGACAAGUCGUGGAACCCGCUCAAGGCGGGAACCUGUCUGCCCACGGGCCCGUCCUUCACCGCGUACGCCGUCGUCACGAUCGUCUCCGACGUUGUCGUGGCGGUCCUGCCCAUCCCGGUGCUGCUGAAGCUCAACGUCCGUGUGGAGAAGAAGGCCGGCCUGAUUGCCAUUUUCUUGCUCGGCCUCUUCACGACCAUCUGCUCUAUCUUGCGGUACCUCGAGAUUAACCGCAUCCAGUACGGCGACGGCAACUCGACGAUGCUGGUCUUGUGGGGAACCAUUGAAUUUAACGUUGGCAAUAUCGUGUCUUCUCUGCCGUUCCUGGCACCGGUGUGCAUGAAAAAGGCCAAGAACUACCGCUCAAAGUACUCUGGAGGCUCGUCGCACGGACGAAGCCAUCUAAAGGGUGGAGAGCGGUACAAGCUCAGCGAGUUGAACCACGACAAGUCCGUCUUCGCCUCGGCGAACCACAGCAAGGGCGACAACGGCAGCGAGGAGAACAUCCUCCCGGGCAACAUUAUGAAGUCUGUGACGUACAGCGUCCAGGUCGACGACAGGGUGGAGAACAAAUCCGGCAUGCACAGCGGGACGAACGACAAUACGCGACGAAGGGAUUCGCGAGAGUCGGAUGUGUAA